UAAAUAGGGCCUACCAUGUGUUCGAUUAAUUGCUACAGUGAUUUAGGCCUGUUUGUUGAGUAACCAAAAUUGAGGCAAAAUUUUCACGUGUAAAUCUGAAUUGUUCCAUGGAAUUGCUUGGUCGCUUGUUAUUGUAGUGGGAUGAACUAUAAUUCCCACUUAUUUGGGAGGGUGAAACAUUGUCUUAGUUGUUAGCACUCAAAGAAUAGUGCCCACCAUGUGUUUGAGAAAAUGCCACAAUGACAUUUAGGCUUAUUUGGUGAAGUCUAAGUAAUCAAAGGUUGUCGGUUGUCGUGUGGGGUGAUUUUGCCAUAAAUGUGUCUAGCAGUAGGUCACACAACGUAUUGGGGCAGGGUGGAUGAAAUGGAGGCUCGCUUCCGGAGUGCUAUGUGAUAGGAAGGUGCCACCACAACUUAAGGGCAAGUUCUACAAAGUGGUGGUUAGACCGACUAUGUUGUAUGGGGCGGAGUGUUGGCCAAUUAAGAUCUCUCACGUUCAAAAGAUGAAAGUUGCCGAGAUGAGAAUGUUGAGAUGGAUGUGUGGGCACACCAGGAGUGAUAGGAUUAGGAAUGAGGCUAUCUAGGACAAGGUGGGAGUGGCCUCAGUGGAAGACAAGAUGCGGGAAGCGAGACUGAGAUGGUUUGGACAUGUGAAGAGGAGAGGCACAGAUGCCCCAGUGCGGAGGUGUGAGAGGUUGGCCAUGGAUGGUUUCAGAAGAGGUAGGGGUAGGCCGAAGAAGUAUUGGGGAGAGGUGAUUAGACAAGACAUGGCGCAGUUACAGCUUACCGAGAACAUGACCUUAGAUAGGAGGGUAUGGAGGACUCAAAUUAGGGUAGAAGACUAGUAGAUAGUAUCGUUUACCCUUUCAUAUUAGUAGUCACAUUAUCGCGAUAUAAGUUCUUAUGCUUUGAUUUCUGCUAAUAUCUGUUAUUCUGUACUUUGAUUAUCUUAUUUUAUUUGUGAUAGCCACUGCCCCUUUGCAAACUGCUUCUUCAUGGCUUAGUCGCUUUCGUUAUUUUCAUUUCCAUAUCGCUCUGAAUUUUCUUGGCCUUAUCUGACCUCUUUUAUGCUUUCUAUUGAGCCGAGGGUCUUUCGGAAACAGCCGUCCUACUACCCUCCCCAGACCCCACGGUGUGGGAUUUCACUGGGUUGUUGUUGGUGUUGUUGUUGUGUCUAGCAGUGGUCGAGAAUGACUGAAUUUUGAUACUAAUUGGCAUCGUGAUCUAUUUUAUUUUUCUGGUGAUCUAGUUUCACGAUUUCAAGUUUUUAACCCACCAUCAUCGUCUGUUUUCAGCUUUGCUCGGAGAUCAGGUCUUCUGACGAGAGAGGUCGCAUGAGAUGAGCUUUUCCGCAAAGUCCAUCGAUGAUUCCUUGAUGGCAAGAGACUAUAAGGAAGAGACAUUUGAAUUUAUGAAGCUUGCUUUAGAACAGGCAAAAGAUGCAUUGGACAAUCUUGAAGUUCCAAUUGGUUGCGUAAUUGUUGAGGAUGGGGAAGUCAUUGCCUCGGGAAGAAAUCGAACUAAUGAAACCAGAAAUGCUACAAGACAUGCAGAGAUGGAAGCAAUUGAUUUUCUAGUUGAACAGUGGCAGAAAAAUGGACUUUCACCUCUUGAAGUUUCUGAAAGAUUCUCAAAGUGCACUCUGUACGUUACCUGUGAGCCAUGUAUAAUGUGUGCAGCAGCCCUGUCAUAUCUUGGAAUAAAGGAGGCAUAUUAUGGAUGUGGAAAUGAUAAAUUUGGAGGUUGUGGAUCUAUACUAUCACUGCAUACCAGCUGCUCUGAGCUUCCUGCUAGUGAAUUUGCCUCAUCAAGAAGGGGUUUCAAAUGCACUGGUGGAAUAAUGGCUUCUGAAGCAGUCUCUCUUCUUCGGAGCUUCUACGAGCAAGGAAAUCCAAAUGCACCAAAGCCUCACAGACCUCUAAAGCAGCAAGUAUAGAAGUACAAGUGUCAGUAUUCCUUCAACUUCUGGCAUGUGAGGUACAAUUUGUAGGUUAUUAUCCAAUUUUGGUAGGGUUUUAGAAAGCUAAAUUUUUUAUUCCUUGGAAGUGUAUUUCUUUGAAUUGCUGUUAUCUUAAUUAAGAAGAAUGGAGCCGUUUAGGAUUCUUCCAUUGCUGUAGACACUUCAAGGUAAGUUAACUGAAUUAGGGUCUGUUCCAGGAAAUAUCAUGUAGUGACAUCAUUGCCCUUUCCUCCUUCCAGUUCCAGGUUUAUUGAUUAUAUAUAAGUUGCAUUGAAUUAA